UGAUCACAUGUAAACACGGAAAUGCCGGUUAUCGGCAUUUCUCUCCUCUCGAGCUGGCACUGAUGAUCAGUGUGGCCCCAGAAGUGCCACCUGUCAGUGCCAGUGUGCCCAUCAGUGCCACAUCAAUGCCACAUAUCAGUGCAUACCAGUGCACAUCAAUGCCACAUAUCAGUGCCCAUCUGAGCUGCCUUUAAAUGUCACCCAUCAGUGCCAGUCAGUGCCACCUAUCAAUGCCAAUCAGUGCCACCUAUCAGUGCCGCCUAUCAGUGCCAGUCAGUGCCACC